GGGGUUAAUUUGGUGUAUAUAUUUGCAGCAAAAACCAUGUUGAAUCUAUCACCCCACAAUUAAGCAAAUCCAUCUUUAAUUUGUUCAAUUGGCCUGCUAUACUUACUCAGAAGACACAAUCUGUGUUUUGGCAUAAUUAUGGCUGGUGCUAUUGUUGAUUUUGUAGUUGGAAAGCUAAAGGAGCAAGCUUUCCAAGAAGUAAUAUUCCAGUGGAGAAUCAAAGAUGAGGUGGACAAAAUCACUGCUCGGCUAGCCAACAUGAAAGGCUACGUUGAGGAUUGUUCAGGCAAGGGAAAACAAGACAGCAAGGUAGCAGAGAGGUGGGCAACACAACUGAGGGAUACCACACUUCAACUUGAGGACUUGGUGGAGGAGUUUAUGUUGGAUUCCAAGCUUCUGGAACUCAACACUCCUCCCUGCAAUGUUUGUGAAGUCAAGUCCAUCUUUUCCUACGUGCAGAGCUUGGUGGAGAGGGUGAAGAUACAGUUUUGCUUCCAUCAGCAGUUAAAAGCCAUGGAUGAGAAGCUACUUGCUCUUGAAAUAGACAAAUCAAAGUACGGUAUAAAACUGAAGACAAAUGAUGGAAGAAAUGAGUUACUGAUGGGCAGUGGGAGUGGAUAUAUGGUGGGGAUAGAAGCAGUGGGGAUUGACAUGGAAGUCAACCAGAUAGCAGAACUGAUUGAGAAGUGUAGUGGUGAAGUGAAGUUGAUCACGAUUUUGGGUGCUGGAGGUUGUGGGAAAACUACUUUGGCGAAGAAAGUUCAUGAAAGUGUCAAGAUGGAUCGCAGCAUUGAUUAUUGUUGGUGGGUUGAUGUGAACCACUCCUCAGAUAUUGAAUAUGUUCUGAGGACAACAAUCAAUGGGCUCUACACAAGUGAUGGAACAGAGAUGCCGUCUAAACUGGAGAAAGCAGAUGCAAAUUCUCUCCACCAACACAUUUGCAACUACUUGAAGGGGAAGAGGUAUGUUGUAUUUUUUGAUGAUGUUUGGGAUCACACUCUCUUGGCUAAAAUAAAACUUCCUGGCGACAGUGCAUCUUCAAUUAUCGUCACUAGCCGUGAUAAAAAUAUAGCCAAUGGGUCUUUUCUUGGGGCUGCACUUCAUUAUGUUGAGGUGAAGCCAUUAGAAUUUGAUUUGGCAUGCACCCUUUUCUGCAAAUUGGCUUUAGGUAGCCGCAGCUGGCCUAAUGGGCUUGAAGAAGCCGGAAAAGCAUUGGUUAAGAAAUGCUCAGGUUUACCUGUUGCAAUUCUUGCAAUGGCUCGGUUGAUGUCCACAAAAGGUGAUGAUCCAUCAAAAUGGAGGGAUGCUCUCAAAAGCCUUGACUACUACUCACACGAAUUUGAAUCUGAAGCAGGUGGCAGUCUAGCAUCUCUUAACAGAGCCUUGUUGUUGAGUUAUUAUGAACUGCCAACUCACCUCAAGUCAUGUUUCUUAUACUGUGCAAUGUUCCCCAAAACAUAUGUCAUUGAUGCCGAAACGUUGAUUCGCAUGUGCAUUGCGGAGGGGUUUAUCAAUGAUGAUGCCCAUCCCCAUAGUGGCAGAACACUAGAGCACAUAGCAAGGGAUUACUUCCUUCAGCUCAAAAAUAGAAGCUUGCUUCAGAUCGUUCCAAAUGAGUACAAUGGUAUAGAGUUGGGAAGAAUCGAAAUGCACGACCUUUACCGUGAUGUGGCGUGUGAGGUGAUUAGAAGGGAAAUGUUUGCUAAAAUCAUCAAAUUGGAGCAAAGUAGCUGCAGGAAACUUGAGUGGAAGCAAAGGCGUAGUUUGAUCAUCCUGGAACAGGAGCAAAAUUUUCAGCUUGACAUUUGCUACGAAAAUAUGAAGAAGCUACGUACACUCAUCAUCAAUCGCUGUGAAGGGAUUGCUCUGAAUUCAUUCCCUCAAAUGUUCCAAAACAUGAAGUUGCUCAGAGUUCUGGUGUUGGAAAGGUUACCUCAUGGUAUGAAGGAGCUACCCAAUGAGCUUGGGGAUCUAAUUCAUCUUAGGUACUUAGAUCUGUCCGGUAUUAAUGAGAUGACACAUCUUCCUGAUUCGUUGGGAAGAUUGCACAAUCUACAGACAUUGGAUUUAAGACAUACUUUGGUGAAGAGUUUGCCUAAAUGCAUGUCAGAGCUUAAGCAGCUGAGACAUCUCUUUGGAAGUUAUAGAUUCCAAUUGCCAGAUAUUGUAUUCACAUUUUCUCAGCUUCAAACAUUAUCUGACAUACUGAUGAAUACCAUCCAAGCAAGAGAAUUAGUAAACAUCCCACAACUCACUAAGUUGAAAAUUAUUUUCAUGGAAGGGGAAGAAUGUUGGAGAGCAAUUUGUGAUUCUGUCAAAAAAAUGACAAAUCUUCACUCUCUAUUUAUUCAAAGUGAAAGUGAUGAAUUACAAGAAUUUAUAAAUUUCUCGCCACCCCUUUCUCUCAAGAAGCUCCAGCUCAUUGACUUUGGGAAAUUGGUAAAUUUUAUUAGCGCUCCUAACUAUCUUCGCGUAAUUCAUAUAUUUAAGUGUGGUGUAGAUGAGGAUUUCUUCAAAAGUUUGGAGAAACUACCAAGCUUGUUGGAUCUCUACAUUGACAGUUAUAGUGAAGACCAGUUAUUGUGCAGUGAAGGGAGCUUUCCAAAACUCAAGAGUCUAAGCAUAAAUUGCCCGGAGCUUACUAAGUGGGAACUAGGAAAAGGAGCUAUGACAUGUCUUGCGUUACUAUCUAUGAUGGAGUGCAGAUGUCUAGAAAUGCUUCCAGAAGGCUUGAGAGAAGUUGAGCAUUUGAGAAUAUUGCAUCUACUCAGCCCAUCUCAACUUGUUCAAAGGAUAAGUGUUGAAGGAUCAGAUCGAUGGAAGAUUAAACAUAUACUAAGAGUUGUUAUUCAAAGCAAUUAUGGUGAAAAUUUUUCUCUAUUAAAUUAA